UUUUUUUUCUUUCAGUUUUAUUUUUUUUUUUUAAAUGUAUUUUAGCGCUCUCAAUUAAAAAUACUUUUAUGGGUCUUAUUCUAAUUUAUUUCUUAUUAUUAAUAAUAUUACGAGCUGGUCUCGUUAUAAGUACUCAUGAGAUUGAGAGCGCUAAUGAAAAUGAUAUUAGAACGAAAUAUCUUAAACAUUAUGAACAUCAUGAACCAUCAACUACACCUACAAAAACUUUUCCUACAAAUAAUCUCUAUUCAAAAACCAUACCUGAUAUAUGUUCGGAAUUUGGAGUAAUAAGUAAUUGUACAUUAGAAAAACCAUAUUGUUUUGUAGAUGGUGAUAAUAUCUUUUGCGGUCCUACAGAAAAAUUAGGUUGGAGGAUUAGUCCUUUAGAUGGUUUGAUCUUAAAUAAUGGUCAAAUCCCUAAUCCAAAAUGUGAAUUAUUUAAACCACCGGAAAAUUUAGAAGUUAAAGAAACAAUAAUGAAUUUAUUAAGUAACAGUGAAUUCGGGUCAGGGUUUGAGGGUCGUGAAUCUGCUUGGUUUAAUAUAUUUGAAUAUUUAGGAAAUUGUCCAUUGAAAUCUAAAUAUUGUGAUAAAGAUCUUUUAACUUGUCAAACUUUACUAAGUACUGGAAAAAAUUGUACUUCUUCUAAUCAAUGUCUUACUCAUUAUUGUGAGAAGUAUGAUAAAAAUGCACCUGAUGAUACAACUGAAAGGAAAUGCGUUGAAGAAAACGAUAUAAAUUAUUCUUUUGGAAAAAUAGAUGAUAAAGCUUCAGAUUCGGGAGGGAAGGGUUCAUUAUUAAUUAUAAUAUCAAUUUCUGUUGGGUUUGGCACAUUAAUUUUAUUAAUAAUAAUAUUUUUAAUAAGAGUUCAGAAAAAGAAACAAUUACUUUUAGAUUCUUCAAAGAAUAAAUUAUUUCCGUCCGAUAAUUACUUACGAAAUGAUACAACAAUCAACACUAAUCAAUCAAGAUUUGUUUCAAAACAUUUAUCUUCCUUUUCUACUUUACGUUCAAGUUUAUUAUCAAGAAUAUCAUCUACUUUAUCACGUUCUUAUUCUAAAAAUGUCAAAAGAGAUUCUUCUGAUCAAUUCUCCGUUUUAUUACCUCCUCCUCCUACAUUAAAUAGAGAUAGCUUUUUAUAUGGUAACAACUACGACAACAAUAAUUAUUAUCAUAAUCAAUUAGAUAAUGUUUCAAUUAUGAAUGAUAGAGAUUCUUUUGAUAUUUAUCCUCCCAAUCACAAUAAUGAAAAUUCGUAUAUAUGGUAAUGUAUUAAUUAAAUUGUACAUUUAGCAAAAUAAUUUAUUUCUU